UUUAUUAAUCAUAGUAUUAGUGAGGUACUUUUUGCAAAAAUUUAUAAUAUAUUAGGAGAGUUUAUUGAAGAUUUGAAGGAAAAAAAUAAGGAAGAAUUUAAUUCUUUGAAUAAUUAAUUUAUUUUAGGGGGUGGUCCAUAGAUUUUAAAAUAAAAUCAGAGCAUAGUGCAAAUAAACGCUUCCGAUUAUAAUGAAAAUACUUAAGUUUAUAAUGAAAAAAACCAUUUUUUAUCCUAAAAAAGUAUGUAAUAGUUUAAAAGUGGAAAUAAUUUUGAAAAUAUAAAUAAUAAUAAUAAUGAAAAUAAUAAUUUAAAUUCUGAACUUGUAAUUUAAUUAUUAAUCUUAAUGCAGUAAUUUUGUGAAGGACACUAUUUGUAAUUAUAAGAUUACCUUAGGUGUUAAAUAUAUAAUAAGAAUUCUUACGAUAUGGUUACUAUUGUUGUGGAACUUUUAGAUUAAUUUUCAUAAAAUUUAACAAAAGAAAACUAUCAUAAUAUUAUUAAAUGUUUAGAUACACUUAUUGAGUUCGUAUAAGGGCCUUGUAAUCAGAAUUAAUUGAAAAUUAUAGAUUCUAAGUUUUUGGAUAUAUCUUAAAAAAUAUUGAGAAUAGAU